GUGUGAGUGCGUGUGAGUGGAGCAAUGCACAGGGGCACGGUCGACGCACUUUCCAGGGAAGCGUAAUGAUUGUUUCGCUGUAGAAGGGCUGCGGACAGCGUGGACUUGGGCAAGCCAGCAGAUGCGGCUCCGGACAUGACUGGUCCCGGGAAGCGCAGCAUCGGAGAGGCGGCGCUGAUCUUCCUCUCAGUCGCUCAGCUGGCUGCAGCUCUGAAGUGUGUGUGUCAUCUGUGCACCAACCACACCUGCGAGACUGGCGCGGACGGCGCCUGCUGGAACUCGGUGAUGCUGAUUGAUGGGAAGGAGGAGACCGUCAAGUCCUGCCUGUCGCCCUCGGAGAUGAAGGGCCAGGUCUUCUGCUACAGCUCCCGCAAUGUCUCCAAGAGGAACUGCUGCUUCACGGACUACUGCAACAACGAGACUCUACACCUAAAUCCAGACAGGCCUUCGGAGGAGCCCGGCUGGGGCAGGCUGGAGCUAGCUGCAGCGAUCCUGGUGCCCUCUUGCCUGCUGUGUGUGGGCAUCCUGGUGGGGGUGUUUGUUGUCCAGGGCCAGCGUUGUGCCUACAGCAGAGGCAACAAACAGGACACGGAGGAUCCCCUGGAGGACCAAAUGCUCAUGUCGCCUGACAAAUGUCUCAAAGACCUGAUCUACGACAUGAGCACCUCAGGCUCCGGUUCAGGACUACCACUGCUUGUCCAGCGGACCAUAGCUCGCACCAUCGUCCUGCAGGAGACGAUCGGGAAGGGCCGGUUUGGGGAGGUGUGGCGGGGCAAGUGGCGAGGGGAGGAUGUGGCUGUGAAGAUCUUCUCCUCAAGAGAUGAGCGGUCCUGGUUCCGUGAGGCUGAGAUUUAUCAGACCAUCAUGCUCAGGCAUGAGAACAUCUUGGGCUUCAUUGCAGCUGACAACAAAGAUAAUGGCUCGUGGACUCAGCUGUGGCUGGUAUCAGAGUACCACGAGCACGGCUCCCUGUUCGACUACUUGAACAGGUACACGGUCUCCUUGGAGGGCAUGAUCGUCCUGGCCUUAUCGGUUGCCAGUGGUCUGGCACACCUGCACAUGGAAAUUAUUGGCACACAGGGGAAGCCUGCCAUUGCCCACAGAGACAUUAAGUCCAAAAACGUCCUGGUGAAGAAGAACGGCACGGCGGUGAUCGCAGACUUGGGGCUGGCUGUGAAGCACGACUCCGGCACCAACACCAUCGACAUACCAUCCAACCACAGAGUGGGAACCAAGAGGUACAUGGCUCCGGAAAUCCUGGAGGAGAUGAUCAAUACGAGCAGCUUUGAGUCAUUCAAACGGGCCGAUAUCUACGCCCUGGGCCUGGUGUUCUGGGAACUGGCCCGCAGAUGCUCAGUUAGAGGACUUAAUGAAGAUUUCCAGCUGCCCUACUACGACCUGGUGCCUUCAGACCCGUCCAUCGAGGAUAUGAGGAAGGUGGUGUGCGACCAGAAACUUCGACCCAACAUUCCUAACCAGUGGCAGAGCUGUGAGGCCCUGCGUGUGAUGGGUAAGCUGAUGAGAGAGUGCUGGUAUGCAAACGCUGCUGCUCGACUCACGGCACUGCGGGUCAAGAAGACCAUCUCCCAGCUGACCGUCAUGAAAGAUGUCAAAGAUUAGCUAGAUUCACCCCCUCUCCCUCUCUAGAUCAGCGUCAGUGCUGGCACUUGUGCAGAGAAAUGGUCCGUUUCUCUGACCAAACCAACCUUGCAUCGGCCUGAGGUCGCCCCCCUCAGGACAGGACCCGCUGCACAUACUCAGUGUGCCUGAUUAGGUUUACGUUGGUGCCAAAGGAUUGUGGGAAGUGUCUUGGGCAGCCCUGCCUCAAAUAUUUGGACCAACCGCCUGUGUAAAUACGGCUGAGCUUUUUUUCCAGGAAGAGCCAUCUAAAGAAGAAUAAUGUGUAAAAAGUAUAUACAAAUUACUUUGCUACCUCAGACGUGUAAGUGCCCAAAGCUUGAAGUUGCACAUUUAGAUGUUUUGUGUGCCAUAUGUUGUAGCAUGUUCAGUAAUGAUCUUACUGUCAUGAACACUGAGUAAAGGCCCUAACUGCUUUGCCUGGUUUUACGGGACACACAUAUGAACUGUCCAUUUUAAUCCUUAAACUGAGGCAUACCUACUUUAUGCCGAUGCUCAGUUAGCACCAAUUUGGACAUAAUGAUUGUAAUGGGGAAGUUGUGUGGAAGCUUUAUUCCGCUAUUACCUACAAUACAGCCUCCUUUUACCCAGAGGAACAACUUCGUUAAAUACAUCUGAACCGUUUUUAUUACGCUUUGCUCCUAUGUAGUCACUUUUUGAGAUUUAAAGAGAAGCACAGCUAUGAGCAUGCUUAUUUUCUGCAGAACAUGUAGAUUUAAAGCACUGUAUUUAUUGGCUGACACUCAAAUGCUACAGUGGUGACAUGCAAAAACAGUAACACAACUGCGAACAUUUUGCAUUUAUCCAUGAAUAUUACAUAUAUUCACACUGGAUGUAGAGUAUUGAUUCAGAUUCUGAAAUGAAAUGAAUACCAAAACACCCAGUGACCUGCUCAUUUACCACUGGAGAGGCUUCAAAUCUCAAAUCCAAUAGCGGUGCUCCAAAUCCAAGAGGGGCUGCUUGCGAGUACAUGCAGCAAGACAUGAUUAUAUCGUUUUGGCUCUGUACAUAAGCACAUUUCUGUGGACCCCUUUAAAGAGGGACUUGGCUGGAAGAGCGCAUUCUUAAAUCUGAACACAGACUACCGGGUGGGUGCACGUAUGAUCAGUAAUACCAUUGUCAUUGCCUGUAAAGCCGUGUCAUAACAAGCUUAGGGGAAGGGGACGCUACUAAACCCUUUCACCAGCUUCUGUGUUUGUAUGCUCCCACGUGUGCAGACACAUGCCUGUGUCAUAUGUGCAAUGGUGUGGGCUAUUUCUGUUCCAGUGCAUUGUAAGAGCGCACAUGCACAUUUGUGUGCAUGUGUGUGUGUGUGUGUGCAUGUGUGUGUGUGUGUGUGUUUUGCCAAUAUAUGUAUGUUAAUGUCAUCUCGUGUGAAGUGGUCCUGUAUUUACAUAUCCGGACUUCAGUCAUAAUUGUGAUCCUAAAAUGGGUGCUCUGGAGAAUAAAAAUCCAGGAAUCAUAUCCACAAUGGCUUUUAAAUUGUGUGUAGUUUUACAUAUUCUCAGUUACUGUUUACCUUUUGUUGUUUUGCUAAUGCAAGUAAGCCACUUCUAUAGCCUGUGUCCAUUAGAUGUGCUGCAUCAGUGUCAGCGGCACAUACAUAAGUCUUCUUGCACUGUGUACUGUUCAUGUUGUUUUCAAGAAGGGGUUGGAACCACUGGACCAUAAAUACACAUGGACUUGUAGCCUCCACAGUGUGGCAUGUUGACAAUAAAACAAUAUUGUUCCCUGGUUAUACUUGCUAGCAGGGACAUCCAGGUAGCGUAGCGGUCUAUUCCGUUGCCUACCAACACGGGGAUUCGCCGGUUCGUCCCCAUGUUACCUCCGGCUUGGUCGGGCGUCUCUACAGACACAGUUGGCUGUUUCUGCAGGUUGUAAGCCGGAUGUGGGUAUGUGUCCUGGUCACUGCACUAGCGCCUCCUCUGGUUGGUCGGGGAGCCUGUUCGGGGGGGGGGAAUAGCGUGAUCCUCCCACGCACUACGUCCCCCUGAUGAAACUCCUAACUGUCAGGUGAAAAGAAGCGGCUGGUGGUAUGGGAGGAGGCAUGUGGUGGUCUGCAGCCCUCCCCGGAUCAGCAGAGGGGGUGGAGCAGCGACCGGGACGGCUCGGAAGAGUGGAGUAAUUGGCCAAGUACAAUUGGGGAGAAAAAGGGGGAACAAAUCCAAAAAACAUGCUAGCAUGGGUACUGUCAUCCAAUCUCCCAAAGACACAUGAAAUAACAGACCUGGUGAUUUAACUCACAUGGCUUUAGGAUUUUUAAAGACAGAUGUGGAAAUGAUAAACUUUGUAUUGCCAUUGGAAUUCCACGUGGUUUGGUUACAGCCACAAUGAGUGAAAUGUACAGUGCAAAAUAAAUAAAUAAAUACAUUUGGAAACUGUCAAAUUUAGACACAGGAGAUGCAUUUUGAUCCAUUUCUGGGCAAAGUGCGGACAUACAGCAGUGUGAUAUUAUAAAUCUGAUCCACAGUCUGAUCUCAAAUAUCACUUCAGAAUAAACGUUAUUACCCGUGGGCUUGGAUCAGGAUGCACAGUUCAUACCCACAUUCCACUGAUGUUUUUGUGUCAGAGAAAUUAUUAGUGCUUCUCUUAACAAAUGAAAAAAGUGAAAAAUAUUGAAAAUGCAGUACUGAGCUUUGUCGGUGAAGAUGCACGUUUCUUUUAUUCAUCUGAAGAUGGAGCUUUUGCCAAGGCAAACUUUUAUUGUGUGGUGAGAUCUACCGUUAAGUCCAUUUCUCCGAAGAAACCGGCGACAGGCGAUGCACGGCACAGAGAGGAGUGUGAAUAGUAAUGACAUGUACGUAGUUUGGACAAUGAAAGACUUAGCAGCGAUUCCAAAGAAAAGUGACCACCAUGUGCAAUUUCCAACCGGGCUCUCUUUUUAUGCCGAAUAUGACACAAACAAAAUAAAAUCAGCCUAUCCCAGGAAUGUGACAAUAUUUUCACAGAAGAAGAAAUGAUGCGAGAGGGAGACAGAAGUGGGUCUAAAUUAGAAUUUUCUUUUUUAUAAUCCACCUUAAUUGCGUUCAUACUCUUGUGUGGUGUGACUAUUGUUCCUUUUUUGUGAUGUUGGCUCAAAUGAAGGUCACUUUCUGUUGUCUAUUGGCACUAUUUAUUGUAGAGAAAUAUGUUAUAACAGUCAAUAAACUAUUUUUCAUCAACAUACUAUUUCAUAUC